CCAAAUAAAAACAUCAAAACACCAACCGGGGCCUGGGGAAUUUUCAAACACAUUUUAGUUUUUAAGUUACAACGAAUUCAAUCGUAGUUUUCGAGAAAUUAUUGUUGCCCAACAACACACACAAAAAGACUGUGAACACCUGUAUGUGGAGAGCAGGGUGAAGGGCGAGACCCGAAACGCGAGUAGAACUCUGGCCGGAGUACGGAGCACAGAGGAGGAGGAGGAGCAGCGGACCAGGAGCAGCAGAACCGCGCGGCGGAUGUGACAUUGAAGCCGGCACCAUUAAGUCGUCAAAUCAAAGUCGGUCCCGCAAGGCACCGGCUUCAUUAGCGGGCCAUUAUCCAGCCCCUCGCUCUCUGGCACUCAGCGAGGAAGAGAGGAGCCACUACCGGGACAGGACGUGGGAGCUGGACCAGCGUAGCCAUCUCAUGCAAGGCCGCGAUCCCCGCCAGCAGCAGCCGGAGCCACUGAACAACCUCAACGCCAACGGCCGCUACCACAGUCGCAUGGUGGCCGGCUCCAACAACUUCAAUGGCGCAACUGUCGGUCAUGUGGACUCUGCAGUGCCUUGUCGGAUUGCAAGGCAAACCGUUCUUGGACAUCAACAGGCGCGAAGCAUGAACAUCAAUGUGCCCAACGCCUCCUCAAUGCAGCAACACCAGCAGUCCCAGCAUCGAUUGUCCUCGCAGGGAUUAACUUCUGCCUCACGGCGCAGUUAUCACCUCGCCGCCGGCGGCGGCAGAAUUCGGGCUGAUAACAGAACUAACAAUAUCCACACGCUCACGCCGACGACAGUUCCCAUGCCAGUUCCAGCUCCUGCUGCUCCCGCUGUCGUUAGGACUGCGCCUAGUGUAACCAGUUCUGCGCCAUCAACAUCCGCUUCAGUGAUCGUAGAAAAUACAGAAAAACGCUUUAGGGAAAUAGCACGGAAGUACCCACUCUGGCUACCCGAGUACAAGCGAAGGGCCUUCAAUGCCUCCAUGGACGAGAAGUACGUGGAAACCAUUUGGGCCAGCUUAAAGAAUGCCAUCCAGGAGAUACAGAAAAAGAACAACUCUGGACUGUCGUUCGAACAGCUCUACCGGAAUGCGUACAACAUGGUGCUGCACAAGCACGGCAACAGACUGUAUUACGGCCUGAGGGAGGUCGUCUCAGAACACCUGGAGCACAAAGUGCGGGCGGACGUGCUGGAGGCUCUGCACAGCAAUUUCCUACCCAAGUUAAACCAGGCCUGGACAGACCACCAGACAUCUAUGGUGAUGAUCCGCGACAUACUCAUGUACAUGGAUAGAGUUUAUGUGCAGCAGCGUGAGGUGGACAACGUGUACAAUUUGGGAUUAAUUUUGUUCAGGGAUCAGGUGGUUCGCUAUUCUGAGAUUCAAAAGGCUCUGCGGGAGAAGUUGCUGGGCAUGGUGAUGGAGGAGCGUCAUGGCGAAGCCAUUAACCAUCUAGCGAUCAAGAAUGCUUGCAGCAUGCUGAUCACUCUAGGGAUUAAUUCGCGCACUGUCUACGAGGAGGACUUUGAAAAGCCCUUCCUUGCGCAGUCGGCGGCGUUUUACAAAUUCGAGUCGCAGAACUUUCUUGCCGAAAACAACGCUGGCGUUUACAUCAAGAAAGUGGAAGCGCGCAUCACGGAGGAAUCUUCCCGGGCAGCGCUGUAUCUAGAUAAGGAUACAGAGCCCCGCAUCGUGCGCGUAGUCGAAGAAGAACUGAUCAAAAAGCACAUGCGACCCAUUGUUGAAAUGGAGAACUCGGGCGUGGUGUACAUGAUCAAGAACUCAAAAACCGAGGAUCUGGCCUGCACAUAUAAGCUUUUCUCGCGCCUUAAGGAGGAAGGCCUCAAGGUGAUAGCGGACACCAUGUCGGCAUAUCUGCGAGAGCAAGGACGCAUGCUGGUUAAGGAGGAAGAAAACGGCAACACGAAUCCCAUCACAUUCGUGCAGAACUUGCUGGAUCUCAAGGACCGCUUCGACCAGUUUCUGGUGCACUCGUUCGCCAACGAUCGCAUAUUCAAAAAUGUCAUCUCAUCCGAUUUUGAACAUUUCUUGAACCUGAAUAACAAAUCCCCGGAGUAUCUUUCGCUAUUCAUCGAUGACAAACUGAAAAAGGGCGGCAAGGGAAUGAGCGAACAGGAAAUCGAGUCCAUCUUGGAUAAGACAAUGGUUCUUUUCCGUUUCCUAUUGGAGAAAGAUGUCUUUGAGCGCUAUUACAAGACGCAUUUAGCCAAGAGAUUGCUGCUGAACAAAUCAGUCUCUGAUGAUUUCGAGAAAAAUAUGAUAUCAAAACUAAAGACUGAAUGCGGCUGUCAAUUCACCUCAAAGCUAGAGGGCAUGUUUAAAGAUAUGUCAGUCUCCAAUACGAUCAUGGAUGAGUUUAAGAACUUUGUAAAUAAUAACAAUUUAUCCCUUGGCGGUGUGGAGCUCACUGUUCGCAUACUAACCACUGGCUUUUGGCCCACACAGACAGCAACUCCGAACUGCAAUAUACCCGCCGCUCCUCGUGAAGCCUUUGACAUUUUCAAGAACUUCUAUUUAAAUAAGCACUCAGGACGUCAAUUGACGUUACAGCCACAAAUGGGAACCGCCUAUAUCAACGCUGUGUUUUAUGGCCGCAAGGCAGCCGAAAGUGAAAAAGAUAAAGAUGCCCCCAGCUCCAGUUCAAGCGGCUGUGCGGUGCCGACCACCACACGAAAGCACGUUUUGCAGGUGUCCACCUACCAGAUGUGCGUGCUACUGCUGUUUAAUAACCGCGACGUGCUCACCUACGAUGAUAUUCAUCAAGAGACAGACAUACCAGAACGGGAGCUUGUCCGAGCACUACAAUCGUUGUCCAUGGGCAAACCCGCUCAGCGUUUGUUAGUACGCAAUUCUAAAACGAAAACUAAGGACAUUGAGCCCACGGAUGAGUUUUACGUAAACGACGCAUUCAUCUCCAAGUUCCACAGGGUGAAGAUACAAACGGUAGCCGCCAAGGGAGAAUCAGAGCCAGAGCGCAAGGAAACGCGCGGAAAGGUCGACGAGGAUCGUAAGCAUGAGAUCGAAGCGGCUAUUGUGCGCAUAAUGAAGGCCCGCAAGCGCAUGGCUCACAACUUGCUAGUAUCAGAUGUGACGUCGCAGCUAAAGUCGCGCUUCUUGCCCUCGCCCGUGUUUAUCAAAAAGCGCAUUGAGGGCCUCAUCGAACGCGAGUAUCUGCAACGAUCGCCGGAAGAUCGCAAAGUUUAUAACUACUUGGCCUAAGCGGCCCACUUAAAGUAGCAGAAGCGUCUUGAGCAGAAUCCGGAUCACACUCAUCUUCAAAUCGCCAGGGCUUGCACACUAAAAACAAAUCUGCGGCUCGGACUGCAUGCGCCUGAGUACACGAGCGGCAUUGAUAAAGAUAUUGACCACGAUUAUAGAUGACCGCCAGCCAAUAACCCGAAUACAUAAAUAUAUCAAUUAGUGCGCCCCGAAUCGUGAAAUUUCGUUUCGCAACCCAUUUUGUAAGCCUGACAUUCAAAAUUCAAAAGUUAAAAAUGCUAUUGGAUAAGGCACCACCAUAAUUAUUAUCCCUCUAAUAUAUUUCUUGAUAUUCUCUAA